GUCUUUAUUCGAGUGGUACAGGGGCUGGUCUGUGAUUUAGGAGGUUAGAAGCCAAAAAUGAACUGAAGCAGGAAACUGUCUAAAUAGGUCGAUUAAGAUUUGCAUUUUAGAUGCAACAUCUAAAUAAGACGAAUAACGCUUAGACGAAGACGCACUAACGCUUAGCAUUUAACCCCGCCUCUUUACUUCAGAAGCUCACGUCUCAACUCAAAUCUAUAUCGCCGCGUCCGGUGCACUUCAUUUAAAACAAUUCAUGCAAAAUCGGCCGUCCUAUUCCGUCCCAAUUCUCCUACAUUUCACGCAUCAAGAAAGGAAAGUACAUCAGUAGUGCAGCUCUACGAUUUAAGAAGUGGUUCCCACGCGCUGAAGAUGAAUUACUGAACGAUUAUUCCAGCCGCGCCUGCUCUGACUGCACUCCGUGGGACGCCUCUCUGACUUCAAGCUGUACAGUCGAUGCCCCCCGAGGUGGAAGGAAAACAGCCGCCGGUAACAUCAGUUGGGCAUUCACCUACAUCAGAGGGGCGACCGGUGUCAUGGCAAACGGCGCGAUGGACCCGCGUACCGCCUGCUGAUGUUUGGAUCCAUGAUGGAUUCUUGUAUGCCCACCUUAAGCUUCCGAUAUAACGGUAUCAUAAAUGGAGGAGGAGAUUGACAACCGAAAAAUCAACAACAGUUUCCUUCGGGACCACAACUAUGCAACCGAAGCCGACAUCAUCUCCACAGUUGAGUUCAACUCAACAGGGGAGCUCUUGGCAACUGGAGACAAGGGAGGACGAGUGGUGGUUUUCCAGAGGGAGCAAGAGAGUAAGAACCAGCCUCAGAGGAGAGGGGAGUACAAUGUUUACAGCACGUUUCAGAGCCAUGAGCCAGAGUUUGACUACUUGAAGAGCUUGGAGAUUGAGGAGAAGAUCAACAAGAUCCGGUGGCUUCCCCAGCAGAACGCUGCUUACUUCCUGCUCUCCACCAAUGACAAAACUGUGAAGCUGUGGAAGAUUAGUGAGAGAGAUAAAAGACCAGAAGGCUACAAUUUGAAGGAUGAGGACGGGAGGAUCCGAGACCCCGCAACCAUAACCUCACUGCGGGUGCCGGUGCUGCGGCCCAUGGAUCUGAUGGUGGAAGCAACGCCCAGAAGAGUUUUCUCCAAUGGCCACACCUACCACAUCAACUCCAUCUCUGUCAACAGUGAUUGUGAGACAUACAUGUCCACAGAUGACUUGCGAAUCAACCUGUGGCAUCUGGAGAUCACAAAUAGAAGCUUCAACAUUGUGGACAUUAAGCCAGCCAACAUGGAGGAGCUGACGGAGGUGAUCACAGCAGCGGAGUUCCACCCCCACCAGUGCAACACGUUUGUGUACAGCAGUAGCAAGGGCUCCAUCCGACUGUGUGACAUGAGGGCGUCUGCACUCUGCGACAACCACUCCAAGUUCUUUGAAGAGCCAGAGGACCCAAGCAACCGAUCCUUCUUCUCAGAAAUCAUCUCCUCCAUCUCAGAUGUGAAGUUUAGCCACAGUGGACGUUACCUGAUGACGCGGGACUACCUGACAGUGAAGGUGUGGGACCUGAACAUGGAGAGUAAACCUUUGGAGACCUACCAGGUACAUGACUACCUGAGAAGUAAGCUGUGUUCACUCUAUGAGAAUGACUGCAUCUUUGACAAGUUUGAGUGUGUUUGGAAUGGAUCGGACAGUGUAAUCAUGACUGGCUCCUACAACAACUUCUUUCGAAUGUUUGACCGCAAUACAAAGCGUGACGUGACUCUGGAGGCAUCGCGGGAGAACAGCAAGCCACGGGCUGUCCUGAAGCCCCGUAAGGUGUGUGUGGGUGGCAAGCGCCGCAAGGACGAGAUCAGCGUUGACAGCCUGGACUUCAGCAAGAAAAUCCUCCACACCACCUGGCACCCUUCGGAAAACAUAAUUGCUGUGGCCGCCACCAACAACCUGUACAUCUUCCAGGAUAAGGUCAACUAGCACAGCUCAGAUGCCCUCGCUUACACAAGCGCACACACGCAUACAUGUACACGCACGCGCACGCGCACGCACACACGCACACACACACACACACACACACACACACACACACACACACUGGCAGCCUUGCUGCAGCUGAAUGCAGGCAGCGUAGAUAUGCGUCUGUGUGGAGAGAAAGAGGCGGGGAAUGUGAGGCAGAGUGGGAUGCUGGGGCAUGCCCAGACUGAGGACUUAAGGGCCUGUAUUCUGCACAUGGAUGCUGCCAGGUGUAUGGCAAUUAGGGGUGCAGUACUCUUCUGCAGAACCCAUUCUCCUCUCUAACCUUCAUUGCCUCCACAUUUUGCCCUUCAAUGACUCUUUUGUUUAUCCUAUUUAUUUAGUUCUCCACUUGAAGGAAAUGCCUGACAUGGAACUAUGCCAAACUAAGUGCGCCGACACAGCGGUCUUGGGCAGGUUUUGCAGACCUGGAUUGGAGGAAGAUGUCAGUAGAGCUGUGGGCAGCAGAAAAGCAGCCAUAUUUGUUCGGCUUCCUGUCACCUCCUUCUUCAAUGGCACGUGAAACAGAAGGGUGCCUUUAACAUGAGCCUUGAUGGAUCGGACAGAGAGGCCACAAUGUCCUUCACCAUCACCCUUCAGCUACUACAGUGCUGCCAACAAAAUGUGGAACCAUGACAUAUUUGAUAGCGUAGGAGUGUGGCUGUGUAAACUACGAUGCCAAGGGUCAUAGUCUGACACACGAUGCGGACAAGACCACAAUUCUUUGCUACUUGACCGAUUUGUUAUCGGAGAACAUGGAGGUAUAAGCAAAUCCCCUUGGUCAAAUGUCACUGACGUUUCCUUUUGUGUCGCUGUUUUCUCGUCUUUUUAUUUUCAUGUUACAGUUAAAAGCUGUGGUGCCUUCUUUUGGUAUGUGGGCAUGAGACGGGCAGGGUGGGGCUUGGGGAGGGUUGGUGCUGUUUUUGGGUGGCGUGACAUAUUGGUUUGUGGAGUGUGACUGUUUUCAAAGAAAUGUGGACUGAAUAGCUUUGUGUAAUAAAAAAGAAGGAAACUGAUAUGUAUUCAAGUGCACAGAAUUUAAGUACCUUUAAAUUUUGCCAAAUGGUCAUGGCAUUUGCUCCAUUUUGCUCAUGAUUUAUGACGCAUACGUCCCUGGAUUUGACUCCUUUGAUGCAGUGUUGGGUGAGACCUGUAAUUUCACUCCUUGUAAUAAAUCACUGUCAUUUACUAAUAAAAUGUCUGCUCAGCAGGGUGCAAACAAAACUGCAAUGUAAGAUACUUUUGCCUCUCGCUGAAACAGUUCACUUUCCAUUAUUGUGCAUUUUUUACAGACAGCUAAUGCACUACCCUGCUUAGAGCGUUCCAUGAUGUGGAAGGGUUGAGAAGGCCGGUAUCAUGAUGUAGCCUAACUAGAUAUGAAGGUUAUAUGAUAUCAGGGAAUUUUAGGUACAAGUCCUUAAACAAGUAAUGUCUUAAGCAAUUUCAGUUGUACAAUUCUUAAUGAAACAAAGUUUUAUAGCUCAGAAUGUAUUUGAAUGCAAUUAACUGACAUGCAGUCUUUAUGCUUAUUGGAAUUUGUUGAAAUAAAAAAAAUGAUAAG